AACUCAUUUGUAGAAGAAGAAGAAGAAGAAGAAGAAGAGAAUCACUUUGGUUUUUAAGAAUUUAGGGUUUUCAAAAGCCGAAAGCCACCAUGGCGGAGGUUGUUUUGCACAUAUACGAUGUAACAAACAGUGGAUCGGAGAUUGAUAGCUUCUAUAAAGACGGGAUCGGUCCUAUAGCCGGCGUAUUCCACUGCGCGAUUCAGGUAUAUGGGGAGGAUGAAUGGUCUUAUGGGUGUUGUGAACAAGGAACUGGUGUUUUCAGCUGUGCUAUCACCAAGAAUCCUAUGUACGCUUAUCGCGAGAAGAUUGUUCUUGGGAAGACGGAUUGCACUAUCUUCAUGGUUGAUCAGAUUUUGCGUGAGCUUAGCAGGGAAUGGUCAGGACAGACGUAUGAUUUGUUGUCUAAAAAUUGCAAUCACUUCUGCGAUGUGCUCUGUGGCAGGCUUGGUGUCCCUAAGCUCCCAGGUUGGGUGAAUCGCUUUGCCAAUGAUGGUGACGCAGCCUUGGAAGUGGCGGAAGACACAAAAAUGCGUGUAAAGGAAGCCAAAGCUGAAUUAGUAUCAACUAGUAAAGUGGCGAGUAGCUUUUCGAAUGUUUCAUCGGACAUGACUAAUAGCUCCACUUCCACUGGGUGGAACAUGAAAAUGCAAGGCACUUGGAAAAUGGUGGCUAAACGUAGUAGGAGUUCAACAAAGCGUGUUAAGAAACAAGUUACACGUUCUCGGGAUAUCGAGGCCGAAUACAAGAGUGCGACAAGUACAUCAGCCGAAGGGGAUUCAGGAUCCGAAAAGCUUGGCGUUUCUAUUCCAGGCCAGCAUUUCGCAGAGAGAGUAGAGCAUGUUCCGUUAAAGAAACGGAGAUUUAUGGUUCCCUCUCCAUCACCUUUGAAUAGGUCCUUUGCUCGUGGUGAAGACUCACAACAUCGUGCACAGAUCAAUCACUCUCUGCCUGUUUCACGGUUGAACCCUAAUCUAAUGAGCGGAAAAACAUCAAAAGUCUUUGAUGAUAAACCUGACUGCGGCGGUCAUGACUUCUAUGGUAUUAAGAUACUUGCAGAGGUUGCUUGCAGUAGUGGUAUGAGUAGCGAAAUUGCAUCCGCAGUAGACGGUCAGAUUGUUGAACAUGCACGAGAGCAAGAGGCUUUGGCCUUUUCUCCUAAUGAUUCAUCAACCGGAACUGUUGAUGUCUCGGGGAAAGAUACUACGAUUGAGUCCAGUGACAAGGUUGAGGAAGGCAAGAGCAAAAUCUUAGUGCCUCAAAAUGCUUCGGUUGAUAUUUUGGGUCAUGCUUCGGCUGCUAAUCAGAGUGAAAGACAUAAUAUGGUAGCAUCUAGUAGUAUGAUAGUGACGCGGAACAUUAGCAUUGCUGUUUCGAAUGAAUCGUCAACAGAUGGGCCAAGGGAAAAUUUGGAAGCUGGUGAUAGCAGACAUUUAGCAACUCAGAGUGAGCUUGCCACUGUGUCAGAAAAUUUAUCUGGUGAUGAGCGCACUGGAAAGAGUAAGAAUUCUGAAUGCAUUACAGAUGAUAGGUUACACUGGGAUUUAAAUCUUCCAACAGACGCAUGGGGUCAGCCUUGCGAUGUAGUCGAUGAGAUAUCGGGAAGAUACUCUGAUGGAGAAGUCACCGAAUCCAUUACUGAGAGCAGACAUGUUGAUGGUAGCAAUGACUACCCGACUGGCUUGAUUGCAUCAGAUGUGCGCAUGAAUUCUCAGUUGCUGUCUGGGCCUAGUGCUGGAGAAUCUGUUCGAAAUGGAAAGGAGUGCCAAUCUGGUUAUGAUUCCCAGUUUGAGGAUGGAGAGUUGAGAGAACCAUACCCUUGGGAAGAAAAUGAGGGUGAUAGUGAAGAUGUUGAACAAGUGGAUUAUGGGUCUGAGCCAGAGAAGGAGCGGUUGUACUCUUUGGGUGAGAGUAAUGAGAAUAAGCUAGAGGACAUUGAGAAGGAAAUCGUGGCAGAGACAAAGUGUGGAGCUGUCAAGAGUAAAUCUAGCGAUGUGCAUGAAGGAAACAAUGAUGUAGAGAAGCAUGUCGUGGUUUGCAUGAAUAAUUCACAUUCAAAAGGGUCUUCUCCAUCAAGGAGCUUCAGGUCAAAACAAUUCAGGGAGUCCCAUACUCAUGAACCCAUCCGAAGGAGAAGGCCUGAUAGUUAUGAAGAGUUGAGUGAGAGAGACGCUGGUCCAAAUAAGUAUGUCGGGAGAGAGAGAACAGAGAUGCGUAUGCAAAACAGGAGUCCUAGGAGAAGACAAUUCAGCGGCUGGGAUUCUAGACGUCGCUUCUCCCCACCUAUAUACAAAGGUGGUGAAUACCGUUUUGGACGUCAAACCGUUGUGGAGGACCGAGUUAUGAUGAGUGGCUUUGAUCAGCCAGGCCCAGGCCCAAGUCCAGGUUCGCGUGGCUAUGUUCGUAGGCAUUUCUCAAAUGGAGGAUACCAGGGUCGGUUCAGAAGGUUUCCAGAUGGCAACGGGAAUCGUGAUUUCAGAGACGCAAAUCGUUCCUUUCCUCCCGGUGAUGCGAACGACUAUCCAAGUCGCAUGCACAUCAACCGGAUGAAUGGUAGGAGAGAGAGAAGCAACUCUCCUCCCGUCUUCAGGAGGAGAUUGCACGACCCUCAAUCACGGUCCAGGUCCAGAAGUCGCUCUCCAGUUUCAUGGAACGGGCGGAACAGGUCUCCACCAGGGUUCCGGGGCGAUGAAAACAGGAUGGAGAGAGUGAGAUUCCCAUUCCAGAAACGGUUUCCUCUCAACCAAGAGACGGGAUUCAUGUUGCAGCAAAGAAACCAGCGAAACUCAAGGUUUUUUGAUGGCAGAAACAAAGAUGGCGGUUGGGAGAAUCAUCAUAAUGACUUGAGGGGAAGAACAGGGAGGAUGUUUAGAUCAGAGCAGAGAUUUGACAACAUGAGAAGGGUGAACUCGGAGAACAAUAGUAAUUUCAGACCAUUUGUACGGCAUAAUAAUAAUAAUAGUAGAAGGUUUGAUGAUGAUGGUGGAAGCCGAGGAGAAGGGUUUAAAUAUAAGGGAGCGGAGGAGAAGAAUGAGUAUGAGAUGAUGGUGCACCGGCCUCAGACAAUGGAAGAAGAUGGUGGGCGGUUGAGAUUAGAUGGAGAACAACUAGACACUCUUGUUUCCAAGGACAAUAAGAACAACAACGAGGCUUCAUUAACAAAAUAGAAUAUGACACUUUUGGGUUUUGGUAGGUUCUCUUUUUUUUCAUAUUUUGUGUUUAGCAGUUGAACGGCACCGGAGUUUUAGAGAGGCAAAAGAAAUGCCUGGUGACGUUGAUUUCUUUUCUAGUUUAGGGUUUAGGGUUUAGAGUUUGGUUCACUCAUGUUUCUAGAGGCUUGUAUCACCAUAAUACGUGUGGGUUUUGCUGCCACAUAUAUGUAACAUUGUAACAACUUCUUGAAGUAACGAACAUUAUUCUAUAA